AUGGCGUCUGUGGAGGGUAGAGUAGUGAGUGAAAAUCAUCCUGGGUCGGCCCCGAGAGCAAAUCGUGGGUUAACUGCUAACGUUAUCCAGGUUGCGUUGACUGGCGGUGCCAGCGGCAUCGGUUUGGAGGCUGCUAAGCUCCUGUCUGAGAGGGGAGCCAUCCUCUCCAUCGCAGACGUCAACCAGCAGGGCCUGGACGAUGCUCUCAAGGCGAUUAAAGGAAACAAGCAUAUCGCGACGGCCGUGGAUGUCCGCGAUGGUGCUCAAGUCAAGGACUGGAUUGGGAAAACAGUGCAGCAAUUUGGCAGACUGGACAGCGGGGUAAACCUCGCAGGUGUUGCGCGCAUGCAGGCCCCCAUCACAGAAGGGACCGACGAUGACUGGGACUUUAUGAUGGGUGUCAACGGCAAAGGCGUCUUUCACUGUAUGAGGGAGCAGUUGAAGCAUAUGAAGAAUGGAGGAAGUAUCGUCAAUGCUGCAAGCAUCCAGGGCAUGGUAGGUUGCGCGAACACGUCCAUUUACGCCGCCAGUAAAUCUGUGGUCAUUUCCCUUACAAAAUCCGUGGCAAGAGAGGUGGGCCCACGCAAUAUCCGAGUUAAUUGCAUUGCUCCAGGCGUUGUCAAGACUCCUUUACUGGACCCUUUUGAGAAAGGUGGCCAAAAAGUGCCGACGACUAUGCAGUGUUUUGACAGGCAGGCUCACCCCAUAGAGAUCGCAAGAGUCAUCGCUUUCCUCGUGAGCGACGAGGCGUCUUAUAUCACCGGCAGCAAUUACCCUGUAGAUGGCGGCACGACGGCUUGA